GAUGGCUACCCUGUUUAGAAAACGUGUGUUUACCAUUCGUAUCUCAGUGAUUUGAAUGUGCUCGGUCAUAAAAUGCUUUCUUACAAUAUUUCGACUGUUUUAAACAUUUUAACAGUAUAUUACAUUGAAAUCACUCUUGAAUAGUUCAUAAUUCGCUGCCGAGACCAUAGUGUAGGAAAGUGUGGGGAGUGUGGAAAAGUAGAGUGGCUAGCUUGGCAGCUAGCUUACUUGUUAGCUUGCCAGUGCACUUUGGUGAGUGGCUUAGCUAAAAAAAAUUAAUACAGUGAUCAGAAGUAGCAUACAAAUUCACAGGGCUUUUGCAGAAAAUAAGCUAUGUCUGCUCUUACAAUAUUCGUCGGGAAUUUGCCAGGAGAUGCAUCAAACGACCACUUAGAGGAGAUAUUCUCUGAGAUUGGACCUGUGAAGCGCUGUUUUGUUGUCAGUGAAAAAGGUGGUGGGAAAUGUCGAGGAUUUGGGUAUGUCACAUAUUCCAUGGAGGAAGAUGCACAGCGGGCCAUAAGAGAGGUGAAAGAAUACCAUGGUCAGAAAAUCAAGGUGUCAAUGGCCAAGAAAAAAAUAAAUGUCAAAAAGAAGGGGGCAGCCAUAGCACCCAAAGAAACAGUUCCACAAAAAGAACAGAAAUCUCAUGGAGGAAUUAAGAAAACCAAAAGGAAAGCCAGACUUAUCAUCAGAAAUCUGAGUUUCAAGUGCUCUGAAGAUGAUCUGAAGGAGACCUUUGCUAAGUUUGGACAGUCCUUGGAGGCCAACAUUCCUCUCAAACCAGAUGGAAAAAUGCGGGGUUUUGCUUUUGUCCAGUUUAAGAAUUUCCUGGAGGCAGGAAAGGCAUUAAUUGCCAUGAACAUGGUGGAAAUCAAAGGAAGGCAGGUAGCUGUGGACUGGGCUGUCGCUAAAGACAAGUUUCAGAGAAAACAGCCCCUGAAAAGUGACUCUGAAGAGGAGGAGUUGAAGGAGGAGUUGAAGGAGGAGUUGAAGGAGGAGUUGAAGGAGGAGUUGAAGGAGGAGUUGAAGGAGGAGGAGGAGGGGGGAGGAGGAGGAGGAGGAGGAGAAGAAAAAAACUGUGAUAAUUUCAAAGAACAAUCCUUCUGUCUUUACAGAGUUAGCUCUAAGCCAGCUUUGCAGCCAGACAACCUGGCCUCAGAGGAUGAGAGUGAGGAGGAGGGAAACAGUGAUGAAGAGUCUCACAGGUCAGAUGCCGAUGACAAAAGUGACAAUGAGUCUGACGAUGAUGAUGUUGACGACACCGAUGAUGAGGAUUCUGAUGUUGCCGCUAAAAAGCCCCUCCCAUCAGAUGUCAAUGAGGGCAAAACCAUCUUCAUAAGGAAUCUGUCAUUUGAUACAGAGGAGGAGGGCUUGGAGGUUGUGUUACUACAGUAUGGAGAACUGAAGUACGUCAAGAUUUGCCUGCACCCAGACACUGAACACUCUAAAGGUAUUGCAUUUGCUCAGUUCAAGACAAAAGAAGCAGCAGAGAAAUGCAUUGCUGCUGCCGCAGAAGAGUCAGAGAGCGGCGGUGUCCGUGUGGAUGGCAGGAAGCUGAACAUUGUAGCAGCGGUGAGCAGAGAAGACGCUGUCAAACUAAAGGACAAAAAGGUGAAAACACAAACCGGGACCAGGAACCUCUAUCUAGCUAGAGAAGGAUUGAUCCGGGCAGGAACUAAGGCAGCUGAGGGUGUUCCAGCAGCAGAUAUGGCCAAGAGGGCCAGAGUUGAGGACCUGAAGCGGACCAAGCUACGUGACAUUAACGUGUUUGUUUCUAGGACCCGUUUGUGUGUUCAUAACCUGCCCAAGUCUGUAAAUGAUAAACAACUACGACAACUCUGUCUGAAAGCUGCAGGAGGUGACAAGGGGGUCCGCAUUACAGAGUGCAGGGUGAUGUAUGAUAAGAAGCCCGAGCGAGGUCAGGUGUUAGGCCGAUCGCUUGGUUAUGGCUUCGUUCAGUUCCGAGAUCAUGAACAUGCUCUGAAGACGCUACGACACCUAAACAACAACCCUGAUAUCUUUGGAGAAAGCAGGAGGCCUAUUGUUGAGUUCUCUCUUGAAGAUGGAAGGAAGCUCAAGAUGAAAGAAAUGCGACAACAAAAAAUCAAGGAGCGUUUCAUGUCGAGGGGACCUCUGGCAACUGGAGGAAAGCCACAGUCAGGAGGUGGGACUGGAACUCAGAGAGGUGGUGCCGGAAACCCCCAGGGGGGCCAUGUUACCGAAAGAGACACCGUCGCCAUCCGGCCAGAGCAGGAACAUUGGAGUGGCGGUGGGUACAAUCACUUGGAGAAGCCAAGACCUCCCACCCAGCCACAAGGCCAGUCAAAGGGCCAGCCUCAGGCCACACAUUAUUCUGGCUUCCAGACCACUCCAGUUUUGGAACACAUAGAACUGGAGGAUGGUAAGAAGCGGCGGAAAGUUCUUCCUCUGCCCACGCACCGUGGCCCCAAGAUCAGAGCUCGUGAUAAGGGGAAGCAGCUGCCUGCUCAGCCUAAGAAACCCAAGAGCCGGCCCAGCAGGAGAGAACGACAGGGUGUGACCUCCCUGGAGAAACCUACCCAGCCUAGACCACAGACCGCUAAAGGGGUGAAGAAGCGGUUUAGGAGCCGAGAAGAUGAGCGCUUUGACAACCUGGUUGAACAGUACAAGAAGAAAUUGAUGGGCAACAAGACCGCUGCUGUCAAAAAGAACAAGUGGUUUAGUAGUUAAGUAUGUAUAUUUUGGCAUAACCCACUUUUUUUUAACAUUGGUUUCUACAUUAACAUUCACAUUUUGAAACAAAGCGAUUGUAGUUGAGGUGUUGGCAUAAUAUUAACCCCUUGAACUGUGUACAGUAAAAUGGAGUCCAGUGGGAUAGUGUAGGUCUGUGACUUCACAUUUUACACUAAAUUGUGGUGUAGAAUUUAAUUUACCCUGACUCUGACUCUGCCAUCACAACAGAUGGGGAAGCACAUGGUGAAAAAACAUGAAAAUCUGUGUGUUUAUUUAGAAGCUGAUGUUUUACUCUGUACUGUGCUUUAUGUUCAUGUUAACUUUUGGUGAAUAAUAUUGUAAAGAAUAUCAGAGCUUUGAGUGACAUUUUUAUUAAAGAACUUGGCCAAAACCAUAAUGGACUGUUA